UUAAGAGGCCCAAAGCCCACUAAGAUCCAUCUUCCUCCUAAAGAAGCGACGGCAAGGGUCGGGUUCAGCUUGUUUGGUCCUUUUUCUCUCGCAGAGCUCCAAUGGCGGAAUCAGCAAAGCCAGAUCACAGUGACUCAUCGCCAGGGAAAGACGUCAAGGCUCCAAACAUAUUGGAAAGAGCUAAAGAAGAGGUCGAGGCGGUGGUCCAUGCCAACAGAUCGCCGCACCACCACAAGGAAACUCAUGGGACGAGCGACGACAUUGACGAGAACACACCAGUUGAUGAAGUCAAGGGGCCGAGUGUAUUUGAGCGCGCAAAAGAAGAGAUAGAGGCCAUCAUUGGGGCGAUCCAUCCAAAGAAGGAUUCGGAUAGUCACAAAUGAUGGACUCAGCAAGAGUACUCUUCCAAGCAUCUGUCGCCCGUAGGUCGAGUACCAUCUGGAUAUCUGCUAGGUAUCUGCUGCUUUUGGAUAUUUUGAAAGAAAGAGAGCGAUUGAACAUUCAAGUUGAUCGGUGUUUGCUUUUAGCUGUGAAGUAUCAUAUAGAUCGACUAGAAAGUACUGUUUGUAUUUUGAUCCUCUCAUUUACGUGGAAUCCUUGGUAACUUGGAUAUUUUUAAAUUUGAAUUUGAUAAAUCAUGGAAGGUGAAUGGCAUUAUCUA